AUGUAUUCCUAAUUAAAAAAAAAAAAGUCUCCAGAUGUUCACCCUUUAAUUCCCAAAGGUUAAUUUUCAAAUGAUUAAAAAUUUUACUAAGAGUUAACCCAAAAAUUAUGGGAAUCACAUCCCACAGAUGAGAAUAUAGAAAUAUCUGUAGAUGUACCUUAGAUGUAAACAAAAAGAGCAUAACCAUAUUUAACCGAAGAAAAUAACUUGGCUUUAGAAAAUCGUAAACUUAAAGAAACAAUAAUUUAAAUGAAAUUAGAAAUGUAUUUAUUAUAUAUUUAAUUAGGAAGUCUAAGUUAGAGGCUGAUCUAUUAAAAUAGAAAAAUGAAUUCUAAACAAUUUUAUAAGAGUAUGUAGUUUUCAUAGAUAAGAUUUUAUAAGAUAAAAAGGAUCUAUAGUUAUAAUUAGCAUAAUAUUAAAGAUAAGAUCUUUAAGAAAACAAAAAUGAAUUGAUUGAAUAACUUCACUUCUUGCAAGAAGAAAAUUUUAAAUCACUCUAAUAAUCAGAGGAAUUUAGCAAUAAAUUAAUAUAAAUUGAAACUCUGUUAAUAAAUUUAGAAGAAGAAAAGAAAAUAGCUUAUGAAAAGAUUGAAUAAUUAAGAUUGUAAAAUCUAUAAUUAAAACAACAUUAUGAAGAGAAGCUAUAGAAUUAAAAAUAGUAGCAUUAUGCUGAUAUUACAAAAUUUGAAUCUAUAGUAUAGGAAGCAUUAGAUAAAAAGGACUUUAAAAUAUAGAAAUUAAAGGAACAAUUAAGUUAUUACACAGAUCAAUUUUGA